GCUAUUUCUAAUUGAUCAAUGGAGCGGUUCUCUCCAUGCCCACGAAACUAAAACGCACUCUCAGUGAGGAAGCAUCAUUACCGCGAGUGGUCCAUUUGAACUAAAACUCUACGCUAGUUCAAUUAAUAUUUGAUGCGCAUAGUCGAUGACACAACCAAAAUCCUGUGAUGUCCGCCGGUCAUGGAAGGCUUCAAGUGUACGGAUGGACUCCGUGUGACUCACACAUGUCUCAGGGUGAAGACUUGCGAAACUUGAAUCUUGCUGGUCAUGUGGGAUUUGAUAGCCUUCCAGAUCAGCUGGUCAACAAAUCAACAACUCAAGGGUUCUGCUUCAAUAUUCUUUGUGUAGGUGAAACUGGUAUUGGUAAAUCAACGUUAAUGGACACAUUGUUCAAUACUAAAUUUGAAAAUGCACAAGCAUCCCACAACGAACCCGGAGUCCGGUUAAAAUCUCGCAGUUAUGAAUUACAGGAGAGUAAUGUACGGCUAAAGCUGACCAUUGUAGAUACAGUGGGUUUUGGGGAUCAGAUAAACAAGGAAGACAGCUACAAGCCUAUUGUUGAAUACAUUGAUGCACAGUUCGAAGCAUACCUUCAGGAAGAAUUGAAGAUAAAGCGUUCCUUCUACAAUUAUCACGACACCAGAAUUCAUACUUGUCUGUACUUCAUUGCACCAACGGGACACUCACUAAAGUCUCUUGAUCUUGUUACCAUGAAAAAAUUAGACAGCAAGGUGAAUAUAGUACCCAUCAUUGCCAAAGCUGACACAAUCUCAAAGAGUGAACUACAUAAAUUCAAGAUCAAAAUCAUGAGUGAAUUGGUCAGUAAUGGUGUGCAGAUUUACCAGUUCCCAACGGAUGAUGAAACUGUUGCAGAAAUCAAUUCAACAAUGAAUGGCCAUCUUCCAUUUGCUGUUGUUGGCAGCACUGAAGAAAUAAAGAUUGGGAAUAAAAUGGCAAAAGCUCGACAAUAUCCUUGGGGAAUAGUACAGGUGGAAAAUGAAAACCACUGUGACUUUGUGAAGCUCCGUGAAAUGUUGAUUCGUGUAAACAUGGAGGAUCUGAGGGAGCAGACACAUGCACGUCAUUAUGAACUGUACAGACGAUGUAAGCUGGAGGAAAUGGGAUUUAAAGACACUGAUCCCGACAGCAAACCAUUCAGUCUGCAGGAGACCUAUGAGGCAAAGAGAAAUGAAUUCUUAACUGAGCUACAGAAAAAGGAGGAAGAGAUGAGACAAAUGUUCGUCAUGAGGGUAAAAGAGAAGGAGUCUGAGCUAAAGGAGGCCGAGAAAGAGCUUCAUGAGAAGUUUGAUCACCUGAAGAAGACUCAUCAGGAUGAGAAGAAGAAACUUGAGGAUAAGAAGAAGGAUCUGGAGGAUGAAAUGAAUGCUUUCAACAAAAGGAAAGCAGCAACUCAGUUGCUUCAAUCACAGGCUCAGCAAGCUUCCCAGACAACCAAAAAGGACAAGAAAAAUGCAAGCUUCACAUAAGCAACCCUGGCAAGUCAAGGAUGCCACCCUAUCCAUCUGCUUAGCUGUAACGCAUCUUCCAUCAGAAUGUCCAUCCAUUUUUUAUUUUAAAGAAAUAGUACUGAGAAAAUAUUAACAAUUGUCUUUUAAUAUAGGAAAAUCCUUUAGUCUGCAUUCCAUGAAGUGGAGAAGGGGUGCACCUUGUUUCUGAGGGGCCAUUGGGGGAAAAGUAAAGUCUAAUGAAUUGAAAACACAAACUGUAGCUAACAAUAGGAUAGUUAUUACAUUCCGUUUUUGUGUGCUGGGGUUAGGGCAAGGCGUUGUGCGGGGAAGAAACGAUGCAUAUAGAUCCUUUCCAAUUUGGAGUCUUGCAGAAAUCAGAUCUGGAUGAAAUUUACAGAUAACUGAUUUAACUAUAGUACAAUAUGGACUUUAUUGUUGUUACCACAAGAAAUGGGCUAGUUUAGAAGCAAAAGAAGUUUAUUUUGGAUCAUCUGUAUGAACCUGAUGUUUCCUAGUUCCAUGAGUGUAUUUCUGGUGUAUGUGUGUUUCUGUCAUUAAUAAGGUGAAAUUUAAAAUAUUAUUUGUAGUUUUAAUAUGUACAUACUAAAGCUGUUUUAACUCGGUGCUGUAUUUCUGUUUGGAUAAAUUUUCCCUUUUGGAUCCCUUUCCCAAGAGAUGUUGAUGAUUAAUCCCUCCAUGCCUGGUGUGGAUUUGCUUCUGUUAUUGAUGCUGAUCUGUUUUCUUCUGGCUUGGUAAUGCCUCUCCUUCACUACUUCUAAAACGAGUCUCAGAGUCACUGUUCCAUUUUCACAGAUUUAGAGUUUUCAGUGGCAGGUUUCAGUUUUGCUUAACAACCAUAUGUGGCUCUGGAAAAGGAGAGGUGGUAACCACCUUGAGGUAUGCAUGAACAGUCCUAACAACAGCCUCCAUUUUAACCUUGCACAUUUUAGUCAUAAGCUUUUAACUGCACGCCAGUUACUUUAAAACUUUACACAUUUUAAGAUGAGAAAGUAAACUGCCUGGCAAAUUGGACCUAAUCUAUUGAAUGAAACUUGUCAUUUAUUUAGCAGAAAUCUAAUUUGAAGAAACUCUUUAAAAAGAUUUUGUAACUGCAGUUUGCCAUUUAAACUAGUAUAAAGGUAAUCUUGAAAUUUGUAUUUCCUCUUGGGGUUGAAUUCUUAUCAGUGUUUUAAUUUUUCUAGUUAGUGUUUUUCCUGUUUUUUUUUAAACAAAGAUGCUGAUAAAAGCUUUACAAAGUUAAAUGGUUGAAUGCCAACAAAACUGUUUAAUUACCCCUGUAGCACCUCAGUUCAAAUUCCAACAUGUCCUUCAGUCUGCCUCAGUUGGAUGGAGCCUUCCCCGAAGUCAGCUCUGAGCUAGAUGAUGCACCUGAAAAUGGUGUAGAUUAUUGAACCAUGGGGGAGGAAGAGUAAUAUAACUAGUUGCCUUUUGGAAUACUGUUCAAGAAUAUUAUCGCAUAGUAUUAAAGCCCAUCAUCUUAUUAUGACUUGCAGAACCUCCCCCACUCUAAAAGAAAAGAGGAUAAAGUAAUGUUAAUGAAAUCCAUAACUACAGUUUUUCCUAAUGCCAGGUAAAAUUUUAAAAUUAAUCCUGCAACUAAAAUUUUGAGGACUUGUUAGUCAAAGGAGAAUGCUUUUAUCUAUAUACCUUUCCUGGACCAUAUUGGCUGAUUACCCUGGCAUCUGUUUUAUUUUGUUUCUGUAUGUCUUCUGCCUUGUUUUCACAGUAAUCCUUGGCUCUGCACGGAAUAACUAAUAUCCCACAAAUCUAGUUGGAUUGUACUUUCACCUUGCAUGUAAGUACGGGAGUUGAAGUUGCUUAUAAUUUCAGCAAUGAAACAUGUAACCCAAAAGGUUGCUAGUCUGUGCUCUGAGUUAUUUUGAUUAGAUUGGUUCAGAGCCAUUCUAGGGCAAACUAAUAUCUUCCACCAGCUGCAUCCCAGUCCUUUCCUCUUUUUAUGUUGUGCUCUGUAAAAUGCCUUGCACUUUAGGAGCUGCCAAAUUUUCUUUUGCCUUCACUGUGCUCCACUACUUUAAUGAGGUAAACACUCUGGUCAUUUUUAAGCAUACAAAAAUGCAUUAGAAAUUUAUAUGAAUUCCAGCCUCUUAAAUGAGCUUGUUGCUAAAUAUGAUUGUUAUUUCUUUAAGGUGCACCAUUACAUACAUAUGUGUACCAAACCAGAUGUUUUUACAUUGCUUAUGUGCAGUUCUUAAAGAGGUGAACUAUGUGUACACAAACAAUGUAUAUGCUUCCUGCUUUCUGUUUGUGAAUUUAUAUCGGGAAGCGAGCGAGGGAAGAGAGGAAAUUAUAAAUCCUUGAAUAUAUUUCAAACAGAUCUCAAAAGCUAUGCUUAAAGUUGUAUUUCUAGCUUAUAGUUUAUCACUGUUGGGGUUUAAGGUGAUCAUGAAGUAACAGUAGUUCAUUUUGAUACAGCUAUAAAGUACUAAGCUAUUAGUUAUAUCCACAUUUGAGUAUUCUAGAGCACAUAUAAAUAUAAUGGUGCCAGCACUGAUGCAUUUUAUUCAGAUAGAUGUUUUGUAUGACCUCUGUGUGGUGUGUGAAGUGUUUUUAAUGUUCCUCUAAAAUAUUAUGCAUUGGAGGUAAUUGUACCACGGCUGCUUGUAACACUAAUACAAUUGGCUUCCAGAAGUGGAAGCCCUGAACUUGCAUAUCUUGCAUCCUGUGUGACUUUUUGUGCUUGUAUGUAUUUUUUUUUCUUUAAAUUGGAAUAUUUCAUUGUGGUCUUGUUUUUCAGUGUAAACUAGCGACCUUUUUUCCUUGUUGGUGCACUGUUUGCUGUAUGCAACUUACUAGGUGUGCUUGCAAAAGUAUUAUUGUGUCAAUGUACUAUUUCUGUAAACCUGCACAUUCUCCUAAUGCUUUUUACUGUGAAAUUGGGUGGUAGAGAUUUCUGAUGUUGAGGAUUUCUCUGGCAUUCACUGUUCUGCAUGAUUAUAGGUGGGGGUGGGAGAGGAAAUUGAUGUUCUCUUCACAGGACAAAGAAAUGAACAUGCCAAUUCCAAUUUAUGGCUCAAAAAUCAUAGGGAAUUUUUAGGGGGAAAAUAUUUAUCUUCACUUUUUAAAAAACAUUAACUUCUUGUGCUCAAUAGAUAAAAUACAUUUGUCCAUAAUUAAGCUUUGUGAGUCUAAAACCAGAACUUAAUUGUGUCAGUUGGCAUUGUGGUAGAGGUGCCACAUUUAAGCUAAGCAGGAUACAAUGUACUGAUUCCUGAAGGAAAAAAUAUGGUUUGCAUCUGGGGCAGGAUUGGGUCCAGCUGUGAUGCUUGCUGCAGAUUAAUAUUCUGCUUCUGGUGGCCAAGUUAUCAGAAGGUAGCUAACACCAAGGGAAUUUCACCUGUAAAGGCAACAGUGAGCUGAAAGGUUGACUAUCAUGGCAUUUGCCUUAUUCCAACAACUUGCCUUUUCAAGAAAUUUCAUUUGUGCACAGGUUUCCCAGUUUCAUCUCUGGGUUUGAAAGUGCAUUUAGAUGGCUUUAUUCUGUUCCUCUUUUUUUUUUAAAACCCCUCUCUCCACUGUUUAACCAAUAUUCUUUCUUUAACUUUCCUCUAUAGCUUCUUUAUCUAAUUGUCCUGCUGCCUGUCCCCUUCUCCACUGGACAAGAUUCCUAAAGCUUUAGAAGAGCUACAAUAUAUUCACACACCACGCAGAAGAAUUCUUUCUUUGGUCAUCAUUUUAUCUCUGCUCCUUGCUGGUUACAUUUCUUGUACUGUAGCAUGUUAGAUAUGUAAGUAUUUUAUACAUUUCAUACGGACAAAAAUCCUAAAAUAUUCCACAUGAAAGGACCAAGAUCAGACAACGCAAUAUUUAUAAACACUUGACCUUUUAAGUUUGGGAUCUGUCUCAUGUAAAAUUUCAUUGUGGUGUUGGAGACGGUGGUGCCGCUGGUAACAUGUCAUAAUCUUUUUGUUUAGGCCUGUUUUUGAUAGCCCUGCACUUUUUACUUAUCAAUUCACCUCUGCAAGUAAGCCUAAACCCACUUAUUCAGAUGACCUAAGAAAUGCAUGGUUUUGUUUUGGUUAAUUAUAAUUCUGACUCGUGUGCAAAAUUGAAUUAGUGGUUAAAGACUGAUCAACUCUCAAAUGCAUUACAAAAUGUUGACGCGUGAUAUUCUUGUCACAUAGAUUUCAGAGGGGAAACUGAGGAAUGCCAAGUUUUUUUUAAAUAAACUUGUAACUGAAUUUUUAAAAUGUUUUGCUCAAGUUUUAAUGUGUUAAAUCAAGACCAUUUUUAUUAAUAUUGCAUCCAAUGAAAAGCUUUUUAGGUUUUUUGCAAAAAGUAUCACCUUUACAGUCUCUGGAUUUUACUGUGGCCUACUUUAUACGUCAUUUGUGAACGUGACAUCAUUGAAGCAGUUGCAUUUGUUUACUGAUGUAACACUUGGUCAAUAAUUGAAAGCAUUUCAAAGGAUUGUUAUAAGGUGAAGGGUGCAGAGAGGCCAUUCAUUCCAUCUUUUGUGUGCCAUCUAAAUAGAGCUACCCAGCUUAAAUCUCACCUAACACUUGCGUGUGAAGCCCUGUAGGUCACCUUUCUACAUUAAUACAUUAAAGAUGAAAUAUUUUCCAACAAGUAAAGUGCAAAUAACAUUUAUUCUAGUUUAGUGGAUCAAUGUAAAUAUAUUGAAGAUGUGAAAGCUGCCAUCCUGAUGUGGUCUUACAUGAAAAUUGUCCUUGAAUAUAACCACACUGGCUUUUCAGAUAUGCAGUGUUCUGAUCUAGUUGAGUAUGCUUUCUUGUAACACAGUUGUAUUUGAAGACUUGUUUGGAGACUGUGAAACGUGAAAUUUUACAACAAACUAGUGACUUUUAAACCACAAUUUCACCCUAAUUCUCCAUGUAAUUAAACAUAUUCUAGGUAAUAUGUUUCUCAUUUUCCUUCAUCUGCACUGAUGUUUUAACCAAAUUUGAUUCCUGAUGUAUUUUUGUUUUGAAUUUAAAUAAAAGCUGGAUAAAUUAAGUUCUGUAUAGCUACAAUUUAAUUUUUUUUGUAUUUGCCAUCAAAUCAACACCUAGUCCUCAUUACUUCCCUAGCCCAGGGAAGUUUCUCCAUACAACAGUGAAAUAUACUCAAGUUCUGUCUAGGUUACACAUUGGCAGACAAGGAAGACAUUAGCCUUGACUUGUGAUGUAGCCUAGAAUACUACAACUGCUGAAUUUCACUUUAGUUCUUGAAUUAAAUUGUUUGCUUGCAGCAAUUUAAAAUUCAUGGAAACUAUAAAAUGCAGUUCACUUAUAUUUUCAAGCAAAUUUUACCUUAACAUCCAUCUUUUAUUGCAUAUAAAUUUUCCAGAGACACUGCACCUUUUAAAAGUAUUUUACACCAAAAUUCCAUUGAGAAUAUCUUAUGGGUGACAGUGAAGCUUUUACUGUAAGCCUUUUUUUUACUCCUUUAUUGAAGUAAAUUUUAAGACUAAAGGGAGAGUGUUUCCUCAUCUAAAAUGGAGAGAUGGAAAUCCCAAAAUGAGCUGUUUAUGGAUGGAUGUCCUCACUGGGUCGAAUUCUAAAGAAGCUUUGAGCAAACAUCUUGUUGCAGCAUACUAGUAUGUAGUUCUCUCAAAACAAAGCUACUGGAAGCAGCAAAUUUUGUAAAAGGUAAACUUCCAAAACUGGUAUUGUCAAAUCUGUGUCUAGUCAGCUAUGUUUAGAAGGAAGUGCCUUGCUCAGAGUACAGUAAAAUGCAAAUAACUGUGCCCUAGGUUCACUGUUAAUGAGCAAAGAGCAUGUUUAAAUGUCCAUAGAUUCUGGAAAAAAAAACUGAACAAGAUAAUCUGGAGCCAAGGGUGUAGUGUUCAAUAUCCAGGACUAAACUAAAUAUUUAUAAUUAUGUAAUGAAGGUUUAGAUUUAUAAUGAGAACCCAAAUUAAAUUUGUUGGCCCCAGAUUUGAUUGUAGCUUUCCACUGAAUAGUUGUGAAAUGACCAACAUUUAUUUUCUUGAAUCUUAAACUUGGACUGUCAGGAUGGUGUUUUUCCAGUCAUGUAAAGAAAUCUCCUCCAGCAAUGCUCACUCUUUCACUUAAAAGCGUGAAGUUAAAAAUGACUGAUGUGUCAUAUGAGCAGCUGUGGUUUGAAUGGCAGCCAUAUCUCAGCUGUUCAUACUCAAACCCACAACCUUGAAUCAGAUGCAAGCCCCACUCCAGGGAGUACUGUACUGUCGAAGUUACUGUCGUUCAGGUGAGACAUUAGAUCAAACCUAUGCACUCAAUAUUUUCCCAUGCAGUUUCAUUUUGAUAGGGAAAGAACUGAAAAGCACAGAUUUAAAACUGGCAUCAUUUUAGUUAAAUCCCACUUGCAGUAAUGUAUAUGAUUCUGAUCCUAGGAAAUAGACAUUGCAUGUCCAUCAGUAUGUCAACUCUACUGCAGGGACUGGUUACCAAUCGACUUGGAUCUCCAUACCCUAGUCUCUUAUUUCCAUGUGGCCUUUGAUUUUUUUUUUAUGGUUGGGUGGCAACUUCCAGUCUCCAAAUAUAUGGAAGCAAGUAGUCCUCAAGAGAUUGCCUAAGUGGUGAAAGUUAGCACUUGUAUUGAUCUGAAUGCAUCAAUUGAUGCACAUCUUAAAGCCCAUCUCCUGUGUCUAUAUAGACCAAAAUAUUUUGAUAUGCUAAAUCUUUACCAUUAAACUAUUUGGGCAAAAACCCAAAUUCUUUCAGUACCUUGACCAAAGUCUAGCUCAUGUGGUCAAGCUACACUUAAGAUAUUAUGCUAUAGCCAAAAUGCACCCAAAUAGGUUUACUGCUCCCUGCAAAAGCAAGCAGCAUACAUAGUCAUUUAUCUUCCAACAACCCACUUUUAUACAUUGGCCAUCUGUCAUCAAUCCUUCCACUGCCAAAGCAGCAGCUCAAUAAUUCCAUUUGAAUUACCCAUCUGUUACAACACAAAUCAGUUGGUAGCUUUAGGCUUUGAUAAUCUCUGAGCAGUCAAACAUGUUUUAUUUGUACUUCAAUGCAAAAAUCAACGCUAGAACUCUAAAUUGUUGUCUGAAUUUUCAAAACUUAUGGCCAAAAUUAUAAUUUCAUUUUCAUAGAAAUAAAUUUCUGACAAUUCUGGGUCUGUUUUAAAGUAAUUUUAAAAUUAUUAGAUUGUUUAAGUUCAACUUUAGUAAAUUUACCUUUUGCU